AUGGUGUGGUCGCAGGCGGUGGCGACGCGCGCGGCCGCGCUGGCGGCGCACGCGGCGCGCCUGCACGACGCCGCGCGCGCGCUCGACCUGGCCGCCGCCGCCGCGCGCGCGCUGCGCCCGCCCGCGGGGGCGGCGGCGGGGGCGGGCGAGCAGUGGGCGGCGGCCGCGGCGCUGGCGGCGGGCGAGGCGGAGGCGCUGCGCGGCGCGGCGGCGGCGCUGCGCGUGAGGCACGCGGGCGCGAGCGGCGCGGGCGCGGGCGGCGCGCUGCGCGCGGCAUGGCUGGACGCACUGGCGGCGGCGCCGUGCCCGGCGGAGCUGCGGCUGGCGCGGCGCGCGCGCGCGCUGGCGGAGCGCCUGCGCGAGUCGUGGCAGCACCUGGUGCGCGACCGCGCCACGCGCGCGCUCACCUACAACGACGAGCAGUUCCACGUGCUGGAGCGCAUCACGGUGGCGGAGACGGGGCGGCGCGCGCGCGCGCUGCUGCAGCGCGCCGCGCCCAUGGCCCGCGCGCGCGCCGACGCCAUCGCCGAUUGGUACAAGGUGGCGCAGACCGUCUACCUGCAGACGCAGAUCCUGGACAAGGACCUGUCGGCGACGGAGCUGAAGGUCCUGGCGCUGGCGGCGCGGCUGCAGGACGCCGAGCACGCCACGCGCGCGCUCGUCGCCGACGCGCAGGCGCAGUCAAAUACCCAGAAGCAGGAAACACCGAUUGAAAAAGAGAAGGAGACUCGUUCGCGCGGCGCGGGGGCAGGGGCGAGGGCGGGCAGCGCCGGGGCGGGGGCGGGCGGCGUGGGCGCGGCGGGCGCGGGCGUGCGCGCGCUGCUGGCGGCGCACGAGGACGUGGCGGCGGCGGUGGCGGCCAGCUCGGCGCUGGUGGCGCGCCUGGUGCGCCUCACGGCCGACGCGGCCCCC